UUCUUUUUUUCUCCCACAUGACGGAUUGAACUUCCGCCUUUUUAAUACAAACUCCAUAUACUUACGCGUCGCAUAUCGGCAUCGUGACUUUAAACUCGUUUUCCAGUGCGAUUUAACGAUGACGGAUAUAAACGAAUCUGACUUGUACAAGCUUUUUAAGAAAUCUGAAGAAGUUGAAAGCGUUUAUACGAUCGGAACUACCGUAGACACAGGUUUGGAAUGGCAGGCGGUUGACGAAUGCAAAGAGAAGGUGGACACGACUUUACACGUUGUCAAGGAGCGUGGAAAAAUUUAUUUUAACAUACGUCUGGAUCAAUUUUCAAAAGUAAAAGAAAUGAGAUCGAUUGACAAUAUUUUCCUGAUAUCUGAUGUCCGGCAAUUCAACUUCGCAAAAGAUGACGGCGAAACUGAUUUAACGUUGAUUAAAGAUGCAAUAGAGAAAGAUCUCAGGCUAGAAAAGGGUUUGGAAGCAUGGAAAGCAAUGACGGGCUUUCGUGGCAAGCUUUACCCUAAAGAAGAAGAAUUUAAAAAUGCAGAUAAACUGCUCAAGGCUGAAAAAAGUCAGCCACUGGAAAAUGAAGUCAUCGGGGAUGUUAGGAAGGGAAGAAAACGCGGUAGAGAUCCGUCCAUAUCCACUGAAGAAGACAUCCUCAAGUACAGAGUGACUUGCGAAAGGACAGGUUCUCACGCCUUUGAAUCUGGUCAAGUUGCCAGAGUAAUCGGGGGGGAAUUACAAGAUAAAUAUCACUGGCUAGUCGAUUUGACUAUGUACCAUUUGGAAGUCGUUUGCAACCUAGUUCAGAGUGAGCUGGCAACCUGUCUUCGCAUAACUCACGAGUCCAAACAUCGCCGUAAUAUUAUGCACUUUGGCCCAACUACGCUGCGAGCUACUGUGUGUUACAGUUUAUUACGACUUGCAAAUCCAAAGCCAGGGGAUAUCAUAAUCGAUCCAAUGUGUGGAGGAGGUUCCAUACCGAUCGAGGCAGCAAUCGCUUUCCCGGAUACAUACGUUUUAUGUGGGGAUAAUCAUGAGAAAGCCGUUGCUAGAUCAAAAUUAAAUAUCGAUGCUCAAUCGAUCAAUCGUAAAACAGAGCUGAUCACGUGGAGUGUCGCAGAAUUACCGCUGAAAGAUUCUUAUGUUGACAUUGUGGUAACCGACAUGGUAGGCAUAUCAUUGUUUAUGUGCCAGCACAACGAUUGUCUUUUGUUAUUGUUCGUUGUUAUCAAAUUUUCAGCCAUUCGGAAAGCGAAGUGGUUCAAUGACGGACAACAGAGUGCUUUACAAGCGUUACAUUAUAGAGUUGGCUCGUGUUGCGAAACUAGGUACAGGACGUCUGGUUCUACUGACUUACGAUCGCCGCAGCAUUCAAAUGGCUUUACAAACCGCAUGCAAUUUAUUCAAAGUGAUAAAAAUGCUCGGUGUCAACAUGGGUGGGCUGCACGCAGCUGUGUAUGUUUUGAAGAGGACCAAGUUACCGUAUAACUCGUAGAAAAGUACUUUUUCAACUUUGCAAUACUGAUAAGAAUCAAGCACAAGUUAUGAGGAUACUUUGUUUACUGUAAAGUGGAAAAUAUGAUCUCCAUAAACAU